CAAACUUAGUUACGGUCACAGGACACCGAACCGCCGCAGAGAAGCGAACCGUUUUUUGUGGAGAUAUUCUGACCGGUUCACCUCACGGUGGUCAGCGGAGGAGUGGGACCGGAGAGGCUGACGACUGCAUGAGGAGGCCGAGCGGCGGGACCCUGGUCCUCACGUAGACCCCCCCCCCCCCCUCCAUCGACCCUCCCCCCCUCGCUGCCCAGACAUGAGGUCGUUCCGAUCGUUUGCGAACGACGACCGCCACGUCAUGGCCAAACACGCCAGCGUCUAUCCGGCCCCGGAGGAGCUGGAGGCCGUCCAGGCGCUGGUGUCCACCGUGGAGGCAGCCCUCAAGAAGGUCUCUGACUGGAUGGACGGCCUGAAGAGCUCCUCAGGGAAAACCCCCGGCCGUGACGACGCAGAGGAUGGAGACGCUGCGGAGACGAAGUCCGACGGCGCCUCGGUGCUGUGCGGGGUGACGCGGGUCGGCCUGGUGGCCAAAGGUCUGCUGAUCAAAGGCGACAUGAACCUGGAGCUGGUGCUGAUGUGCAGAGAGAAGCCCACCAAAGUGCUGCUGUACACCAUCAGCGCCAACCUCCCCCUGCAGAUCCAGACGAUGACAGACGACAGAUAUGAGGUUCGGUCGUGCGUCUCUGAGGCAGCGAUCCAGGUCUGCAGCACCAAAGACCCCUGGCUGACCCUGAAGAUCACCCUCUCCUCGUUAGCCAUGACGGAGGAGCACGGCACCACAGAAGAAGAAGAAGAAGAAGAAGACGAUCAGAAGGAAGACGAGCAGAGGCGUGAGGAAGAGGAGGAGGAAGAGGAGGGUAUCCUGGACCGGCUGAAGUGCCAGGCGGCGCUGGCGGCGCUCCGACACGCCAAGUGGUUCCGGGCUCGGGUCACCGACCUCAAGUCCUGCCUGGUCGUUCUGAGGGUUCUCAGAGACGUGUGCAAUCGUCAGCCGGUGUGGGAGCCUCUCCAGGGAUGGCCGCUGGAGCUGAUCUGUGAGAAGGCCCUGGCCACCUGCAGCCGGCCGCUGGGUCCGGGCGAAGCUCUGCGUCGGGUCAUGGAGUGCAUCGCCUCAGGAGUCCUCCUGCCAGGAGGUCCAGGAGUUCAUGAUCCCUGUGAGAGGGAACCCAGAGACGUUCUGAUGCACCUGGGAGCCCAGCAGGCCGACGCCCUCACGCACAGCGCACAGCACGCUCUGCGCCUCAUAGCGUUCGGACAGCUUUACAAGGUCCUGAGUAUGGAUCCUCUGCCGGCCAACAAGGCUUCUCCGAGGCUCUUAGAAGGCGGCUGUCAGAAGAGGCUCCGGGACGACAGUGACGACAGAGACUUCAUCAAACGCAUGAAAGUGCUAGACUGGAGGAUGACUGACCCAAACCAUCCCAUGAAUGCUCUGAUGCGUCUGAACCAGAUCCAUCCGGGCCUUCAGUACCGCCUGCUGUCUCAGUCGGGCCCGGUCCACGCUCCGGUCUUCACCAUGUCCGUGGAGAUCCAGGGAACCACCUACCAGGCCACCGGGAACUCCAAGAGGACCGCCAAGCUCCAAGUGGCCCUCAAGGCGCUGCAGGCUCUGGGCUUCGUGCUCGGCUCAGACGGAGACCUGGACUCUCUGAGCGCCGACGAGAAGUCAGACGGAGAAGGCAAGAACGACCGCAUGUCCACCAGCUCCAGCUCCACGUCCGUCAUCUCCUCCACGGAGGCGCAGGAGUCCAGAGCGCCGGGUCCGAUCCUGACGGCCGGAGGGAAGAACCCGGUGAUGGAGCUGAACGAGAAGCGGCGCGGACUGAAAUACGAGCUGAUCUCGGAGAGCGGAAGCAGCUACGACAAACGUUUCAUCAUAGAGGUGGAGGUGGACAAACAGGUUUUCCGGGGAACCGGCCCCAAUAAGAAAGUGGCCAAAGCCAGCGCAGCGCUCGCGGCUCUCAACAGCUUGUUCUCCGGAUCCAAACCAACAAACAACAACAAGAAGAAGCGACUCAACCCCCCUCCCAAGCGACCCGUGGCCUCGGUGCUGACCAUCCCAACCCUCGCCGCCAGACCUCCACGGCUCCCCGUGAUCCCCAGAGCCCCCUACAUCAGCACCCCGCCCACACACGGGUACAUCCCUCCAGGUUUCGGUGCUCCUUACGGCUACAGCCCUGCAGGCCACCUCCCUGCUUACAGUCUUCCCUCCAGAUUGCCCUCAGUAUUUGUCCCCGUCAUCCGAGUCCCCCCACUUUACCCCGUCACCCACCUGUACCCCUAUUAGGACCACAUCCACCCACCCACCCGUUAAAGGAAUAUCCGCCCUGGAGCCGCCGCUGACUGAGUACAGGUCCUGUUCAGACCCGGUUUUACCGGCUGAUUCAGAUGAAAACAGUCACAGCGGUCCUUCCUGCAUGUUCGGAUCCCAGUCGCCCCACUUUACGUGAUAAACGCGUAGCCACACUACAGAGCGGGCUGCUAGCAUAACAAGUCUGCUCCACUGCUGUUUCUGUAACAUCAGCUGCUAUGAUCCAGACAGCAACACCUUUUAAAUUCAUCACCCGAGGCACAUUCUCUCAGCUGCAAACUCCUGAUGAGCUUAGCUGUGCAGCUUCAUAAACACGGUGCAAGAGAGAAGAAAUCCUACCGAAUAAAAAAAGGAACUUACAAUGAGCGUCGGCGCACAGACACCAAAGAUUUUCUCCUGGAGAUACCUGAAUGCACAUUGAUCUUCAUGAACGUGACUUUAAAUCCCGUACAGAAAUAAAAUAAUUAAACUCACACAUCCAGCAUCCUGACUCCACCGAUCUGUCUUCACAGAGGAGCAAACAUUUCUACCUACACCAACAGAUUUAGAGACGUUGAAUCGUAGUCGAUUAAAUCAAAAGUGUUUACAGUCAUAAUGAAGCUGCUUUAGGAGGAGCUCCUUAGAAUAGAAAUGGUUCAAACGCCUCAACUUGAGGAUGAUUAAAGAUCCUGAUCAGGGAUUCUUCCCUGAUUUGAAUGUCGGCAGUUGAGAAAUGAGGCAGUGACUCCCAGCGUUGGAUAUUCCUUUAACUUUCCCUCCCGACUGAUUUCCUGUUUUUUCUCUAAUGAUUUGUUUGUUUGGUGUUAAAGAGGAAAAGUUUACAGCGAUCAGUUGCACUAAAAACAACUGUUUACAUUUGCUGCUGUUUUUUUUUUUUUUGACCUGGUUGUUAAUAUAAUAUUUUUAAAUAA